UUAUAAAUUAGGAGAAGAAAGUGCCUAUACCCGUACUUAUCCCAGAGGAAGAAUUGAGCUCUAGAUGUAUAGGAAAAUGGCUUCCGGCCGUCGCCCUGUCUGCCUUCUCUCCUUGCUCUUCCUCUUCCUCUUCCUCUUCUUCUCGCCUGCCCUUUCGGCCGGCCGCUGCAACCCGGACGACAUGGCCGCCCUCCUCGACAUCAAGAAGGCCAUGGGCACCCCCUACGUGCUCAUCUCAUGGGACCCCAAGGUCGACUGCUGCAGCUGGCUCACCGUCACCUGCGACCCCAAGACCAACCGCAUCUCCCAGCUCGAAAUCUUCGCCGGCAACGUCUCCGGCACCAUCUCCCCUUCGGUGGGAAAGCUCACGGCCCUCACGCAGCUCACAAUGCGGAAGCUCACCGGCCUCACCGGCCCCAUCCCCCCGGCCAUCUGCGCCCUCACCCGCCUCACCCUCCUAAGCCUCGACUGGAACCAGCUGUCCGGUCCCAUCCCCGCCUGCCUCUCGAGCCUCCGAGCCCUUACCUACCUCGAUCUCUCCUUCAACCAGUUGAGCGGCCCGAUUCCGCCUAGCCUGGCUCAGCUCCCCAAGCUCAGCGCCCUCCACCUGGACCGCAACCAACUCACCGGGCAGAUCCCCGACUCCUUCGGCCGCUUCCGGGGAUCGGUGCCGGACCUCUACCUCUCCCACAACAACCUUUCCGGUCAGAUCCCGGAGUCGCUAGGCGCCAUGAACUUCGUCAACAUUGACCUGUCGAGGAACAGGUUCGAAGGUAACGCCUCGUGGCUGUUUGGGUCGUGGAAGUCCACCCAAGUUCUGGACAUCUCCCGGAAUCUCUACCUCAGCUUCGAUUUCUCGAACGUCAGCUUCCCCAGUACGCUAACGACGCUGCACAUCGAGCACAACGAGAUCUAUGGUGUCAUCCCCAACAGUAUCCUAAAGCUCACGAAUCUUCAGGAGCUCAACGUCAGCUACAACCGGCUGCACGGCUGGAUCCCCCAAGGACCCAUCAUGAAGAAGUUCGACGAGUACUCCUUCUCCCACACCAACGGCCUCUGCGGGCCUCCAUUAACUGGCUGUUCUGGAUAGUCUGACAUCCCUUUUUGUCCCUGAAAAGUUGCAGAGAAAAAAGAGAAGAUGAACUGCCGAUCUGAGUGCCCCUUCUCUCGCAGAGUGAACGAAUCUGUUUGUGUAAUGAAUAAAGCCAAUGUGGAAUAUUAUAUUUUGACGUAAUGAACUUAAGUGUUCCCAA